AUGACUCGCAGCAUGAACAUGAAUAGCAUUGGAAAUUUCUCAAACAUGAACAACAAGAACCAAGUCGCUUCGGUGCAACAGCGACUUAUUGAAGAACUCUUACGGAUGUCAUCUUCCCAACCACAGCCACAGCCACAGCCACAGCCACAACCACAACAAACAGCAGGAGACAAGAUUGGCUCCCGUCGACAGCACAACAGCAGUCGGGUCACAUCUCGCAUGCGUCUUCCAACAAGAAGUAAUGCUACCACUACCUCGAAUUCUCCUCUUGCUGCUGCCUCGUCUUCUCCAGCAGGAUUGGAGUUCGACGAUCGAGGACCAGGUGUAUUUGAAUUUCGAUUGGCCGACUGGGAAUCUAGGUUUCUUCAUGCCUUGCGACAAGGACAAAGUGUACUAGGAGUCGCUAGUAGUGGCAGCGCUGGUAUUGCUGGUACUACUGCUACUAGUAUGGCUGGUACUACUACUACUUUUACUCAAAGCAAUUACUAUAUGACCACCACAAUGAUGAAACAAACUCCUUGCCCACCUCACAUUUCUCGAAAUGAUCAUGCUGACAAAUUGCUAGCACGAGAACAAAAGGAUCGUAUUCCAUUGACCAAUGAGGAAAAGGAACUGUUGAAUACACCCUUGUCGACAGUAUUAUUACUGUCGCCUCGUCCUAUCGAUACAGAAGACGAACACGCAGCCACCAGCUCUAACGAGGAUGAAGUUGAUCCACCAAGAGCGAAUGACGUCCUUCUCGGUCGUGGUGGCAAGACCAACAUGCACCCUGGAAAUAAAAGAUUCCGUCAAGUGGUUCAUGAUCGACAAGAGUUGUAUAGAACGGUUCCCAAAUUUGACAAGAUUUGGAUUGCCCAAAACGUCGUGGCCAAGAUUCAAGAAUCGGGGGGACGAUUCCUGAUGCGAUCAUCCUCGACAUCAGCCGAACAAUGUGGAUCGAAUAAAUGGGUGGAAGUGUCACACAAAAGAGCAGUACACAAAGCAUCCCAAGCACUUCGGGAACGCGAACGAGAACGAGAACAACGACCAUCGGGAUGUACUAGUUGUACUCGGUCUUGCGAGUCUCGUUGUCAUUUGAAUUGA